AUGAGUUCUUAUUUUGUCAACUCUACUUUUCCGGUGAGCCUAGCCGGGGGUCAGGAACCGUUUCUGGGACAGCUCCCCUUAUAUUCCACGGGGUAUGCGGAUCCUUUAAGGCACUAUCCCGCCACUUACGGAACUGGGGGUGGUGGCGUCCAGGAGAAGGGUUACCCGGGCGCGCCAUACUAUCAGCAAGCCAACGGAGCUUACACCCGGAGCCCAGCCUGCGACUACGGGACAUCUGGUUUUUACAGGGAGAAAGAGACUGCUUGCUCUCUCUCGAGCUUAGAGGACCCUGUUCAGUUCGGCCAGGAGCAAGUCCGGAAGUCAGAUUGCUCCCAGAGCAAGCACGUUUUCGGGGAGAGCGAGGAUCAGAAAUGUUCCACUCCAGUGUACCCCUGGAUGCAAAGGAUGAACUCCUGUAACAGUUCGUCCUUCGGGCCCAGUGGCAGGCGAGGAAGACAGACCUACACCCGCUACCAAACCCUGGAACUGGAGAAGGAGUUCCACUUUAACCGUUACCUGACCAGGCGCAGGCGGAUCGAGAUCGCCCAUGCGCUCUGCCUGACCGAACGCCAGAUCAAGAUCUGGUUCCAGAAUCGGCGGAUGAAGUGGAAAAAAGAAAACAAGCUUCUCAACUCCACUCAGCUCAGUACCGAGGAGGACGAGGAAAAAGCGACGGAAUGAGGAACCGGGGGAAGGGCAGAGCGCGCGCAGGGAUCAAGGAGGAGGAAAGCAGAAACGCCAAGAGUUGUGGAGGCUCCGAAAAGGGCAAAAAAGGCACAGCCGAGACAUACAUUUUUGUAAAAUACCCGAGACUGUAUGGAGGUGUUGGUCCACCUUCAUUUGGCACCCUCACUCGCAUCCAGUAAUCUGUCGUGUCAUAAUCAAGCUUCUAGUCCAGUUUAUUUUCCCAUCCUUUCUAUUGCCCCUGUCCCCUCACCACAAUUGGAUUUGUUGUUGUUGUUUAAAGAAAAAAAACUUUGGGUGUCCUUCUUAGGAUUCUUGCUAACCCUUGUAUUUAAGUGGAGGUGCUGCAAUAUAUGUGUCAGAUUUGGGGGGUGUUGAUUGUCUUGAUUUUGUAAAACAAGUCUCAUGCACGGUUUUACUUCUAUGUUGCUGUUUUAAGAAAAAUGGUUAAGUUAAUCAAACCCUAGGUUCUUUGCCAUUUAAGGGUUUUAUUUUUGGUUUUUUAAAGAAAAAUCUAUUGGAAAGAAACAACUGCUACCUUAAAAGUAUGGCAAAAUAAAAAACAAAAUAAUAAGAGGGGGU